GUGGGCACACAAAGGGUUAAUCCCUCCUGCCGUGAGAAAGGCACAGGAAGUGACGAAUAAAAGGACUUCCCCCAGCUCUGGCGCCCAUUCUUUUUCUUCCUGUCAUGCAAUACCCCCACAAUGUACCAGCAGAGCCGCUCUCCUCUGUUUGAAGCUCCUCUGGCCGAGAUACAGGUUCUCAUGUGAGCCGCAGGAGAAGCCGGCGGGCUUAUGGCCAUCCGUUGCCUGCAGCGCUGUAAGUCGCAAUGCCGAUCUUCAGACGGCGCAUGCGCAAUAAGACGCUGAUGCGCCCUAUGACCUCACGCCUAACCCGGAAGCACUACUGCGCAUGUGCGCACUUCCUGGUAAGAUUUAAAGGGACGGGAGGCGUGGUAUAGACAAACAUUUCAACCAUUUUAUGCUGUUUUUUGUCUGGCGUCUUACUGCUGUUAAAAAGAAGCAGAGUGCUUGAAGUAGUGCAUUGCUGGUCCCAGGUGCUGUCUGUAAUGAGUCACAGGCGUUCACACUCAGGCUCAAGGGGGUAAGCAUUAUCUAAGGAGAGAGCUUCUGGGACAGACUUUUCAAAAUGUAAGUAACUUUACUCCUUUUUAUUUAUAGGAGCCCAUCACAGGAAAAUCAGCCAGAAAGAUGCAAAAGUUCCAGACGGGAGUGUAUAGCAUGUGGUGAACCAGCCAUGCUGGAUAAAAGGCUGUGCAAAAAAUGCCUAAUGGAGGCUAGCAAUCCUCCCAUGGAACAACUGAAUAGCAUGAUGGACUGGAUGCAAUCCACCUUCAAGCAAUCCAUGGCUACUAUGGUAGAUGAAGUCACGGGUAAAGUAAUGCAUAAUCUGAGUAAACAAGGAUGCAUACCUGCUGCCAGUGCAGGGACGACAGCCGGAUCAUCUAGAACAGUACAAGAAAGAGACUCUAUUUCCUCUGAAGGGGAAAUAUCAGAAACAGAUACAGAUGAAGCAGAGGAAUCAGCUUUCAAUAUUGAUUUUAUUGAGCCUCUAAUAAGACACAUGAGAAUCACACUAGACUUAGAUGAAGAAGAACAGCUACCCAAACAAGAUAAAAUGUUCAGAACUAGAGAAAAGAAAACACAGGUGUUUCCGGUCCAUGAUGUGAUUGCUAGCAUGAUAAAUGCCGAAUGGGAAACCCCUGACAGAAAAAUGGGGGAAUCUAAGAGGUUUAACAGAAUGUUUCCUUUUUCAGAAAAAGAUGUGAAAUCAUGGAAUGCUGUUCCCAAAGUAGAUGCGGCAAUCACCAGAGUGGCUAGACGAACAACAUUGCCAGUUGAUGAGGGUGUUUCCCUCAAAGAUGCCAUGGAAAGAAGGCAAGAUGCCAUUCUAAAGAAGCUGUACCUUGCAGGAGGAAAGGCUUGCAAAACAACGGUAGCAACCACAUCACUUACCAGAGCCAACAGCAUUUGGAUAUCUGAGGUUGAGAAAGCGGUUAAAGAAGGAGCAGAUCAAGAUAAAAUUCUGGACAUAAUUCAAGACAUUAAAACAGCAAACAAUUUUGCUUCUGAAGCCUCCCUUGAGGGAGCAAGGGUGGCAGCCAGAUCCAUGGGCCUUGCAGUUGCAGCCAGACGAGCACUGUGGUUGCGUCAUUGGCAUGCGGACUCUCAGUCCAAGCAUAACCUCUGCUCCCUGCCAUUUAAAGGAGAAUUCCUUUUUGGGGAACGUUUAGAUCAAAUAAUCUCCAAGGCGUCAGCGGGAAAAUCAGCUUUUUUGACGCAAGAUCGCAAGGAUAGAAGGAAUUUCAGAAAUCAGAAACCAUCAUUCCGGGAUACCAAACAAUACAAACCAGGAAAGCCCUUUGUCCAUCAGCCCUGGAGAUCCAGGUUUCGUAACCAAGACAAAAGAGAUCAGAAACCUGAGAAGAAAACAGCAUGAAGGUGCGCGAGCCCCUCUGGCCCAAGUAGGUGGCAGAUUAAGGGCGUUUGGGACAGUGUGGGCUCAACAUAUACAAGAUUCCUGGGUCAUCAAUACGAUUGUGGAAGGUUAUGCAUUGGAACUGAUGAAUAUACCCCAAAAGAAAAUUUGUGUCAUCAGACAGACAGAGAUCAGACCAAGACAGAGGAUGUCUCCAAUCUGUCAUCAUGGAUCUCUUGGACAAGGGGGUCAUAGAGGAAGUUCCAAAAAGAAGUCAUUUUUCAGGAAUAUAUUCCCAUUUAUUCCUCAGACAGAAACACAACGGUUUGAUUCGAGUAAUACUCAACUUGAAAAGUCUCAAUCAAAAUCUCCAUGUAAGAACAUUCAAAAUGGAAUCCAUCAGAACAAUUACAAUGCAUAUCUGCCAUGGAGAUUGGAUGGCAAAGAUCGACCUGAUGGACGCCUACCUUCAUAUUCCCAUAUGGGAACCACACAGGAAAUUUCUGCGUUUCUUCAUUUUGGGGAAACAUUUUCAAUACAAGACAGUCCCUUUCGGGUUGGCGACAGGUCCCAGGGUAUUCACAAAGAUCUUGGCACCUCUUUUAGCACACCUUCGUAUGAAAGGAAUUCAGAUCUUUGCUUAUCUAGACGAUCUGUUCAUAAAAGCUUCUUCUUGCCAGUUGCUGACCGAGCACUUAAGGAUUGUGGUAACCACUCUACAGAGUUGGGGCUGGUUAAUAAAUUGGGAAAAGUCACUUCUGACCCCGACUCAAGAAAUAUUGUUCUUAGGAACAACAAUCAACACACAGGAAGGCCAUCUGAGACUCCCCCUAGAAAAAAUACCAGAUAUUCAAUAUCAAGUACAGCAGAUUUGCGCAAAACACAAAGUUUCAGUGAAA